AUGCUUAAGCAUUUAGUUGAAAGAAAUCAAUCUACAACAAGCAUUUCCACUUCACUUAAUUUAUCGAAGCGCACAGUUCAAAAUCUUGAUCAAAAUCUUGCGUCAGCAAUUUUACAGUCACCUGCAAAUCGUGGCAAAAAUGUUAGUUUAACUUGUGCUGUUUCAACAAUGGGAGUGCUUGCUUAUGAAACAAAAACUGGAGAAGAUGGUACUGUACCUGAUAUUUGGAAGAAGGCUAAUAUAACGCCUAUAUUGAAACAAGGGAGUAACUUGAAACCAACAAACUACAGACCAGUAUCUCUGACGUCAAUAUCAUGCAAAAUAUUAGAAAGAAUAGUUGAUAAUAUAAUCAAGCAUUUAAUAACAAACAAGCUAUUAGCAAAAGAACAGCAUAGCUUUCUAAAAGAUUUAACAGCUUUAGAAGUUCGAAGACUAAGAAGUGACCUUAUACUGCAACAUAAAUUAUAUAAAGGUUUUGAAUGUAUUGAUAUGAAGAUACAAAUGCAGAUACAAAUGCAUUCAAUCAAUACGCUAGGUCCAACAUCCAAUAUUAGAGGUUAUAAACAUCGUGGUAAAUUAGAGUUUGUUAAAAGUUGUCUGUUUUCAUUGAUUUGGCGAUCAAUGAAAACACCUAAAGUUUACAAUGAUCGCCAAUGA